UCGAAAUUUGUCAUCAGCCCCUCUCGUUCCCCGAAAAUGAAAAGGAGCCCUUCAGUAUCAGGCUGCUAACUACCAAGCAAGAGAGGAGCAAAGAACAUCGCCGGAGUCGGAGACGGCGCCACGAUUCCGGUUGAAUAAACCAGAGAGAGAAGGAGAGGGCGGAGGCAGCGCAGCGAUGGGUAGCCCUCUGGGCGGGUGGCCGUCAUACAACCCGCACAACUUCAGCCAGAUCGUCCCGGCCGACCCCUCCGCCCAGCCCUCGGUCGAAUGUCACACCAACCACUUACAUUGCGACUCACAGGACAGAUCCGCCUCUCAAUCAAGUGAUAACAACAGAGUCCAGGAACAUCCUGCUGAGGCACUUCUAUCAAAAUUCCGAGGAGAAGCUGAGGCCAAAGAGAGCUGCUCCGGACAAUCUAGCUCCGGAGAACAACAACAAACAGCCCAGGGGACCUGUUGCCGAUGGUGGAAGCCAGUCGAAUACCAGAAGCUAAAUCGACCUGUGUGCUUGGUGGAGCCUGCGCCCUCACAGGAAGAGAACAUCUCUGAACAUUUAUGAAGUACAGCAACUCCAAGCUAGCCGUUGAAAACGAAAGAGACUUCUCUGCUGCCAAAGAACAUUGGAGACGAGAUGGUCAGACGUCAGACCUGUAGCAUGACAUUUUACUUCACAACCCAUUGCACAGAAGGAAACUGUUGAGCGUUCUGAUCAUCACUUGCAAGUAAUUCAGUUCUGUCAGUGAUCAGGUUUAAUAGGCAUCAGAUCCGUAGCUGGUGCGCGGGGAAAAAAAAAACUAUUCAAAGUUGAUCAAAGUCUCAUCCGACUAAAGAAGAGUGGAUCAAGACAAGGCGAAGAGACAAGAACCUGACCCAAAUGCUAUGAAACUGAUCACCAGAUGCAGUAUAGUGGACAAAAGCAUUUGCCAGGAGAAUAUAAAAGUUCCAAGCACUGCACGCAGCCAACUAAUGGCGAUCUUAAGGAAACAAAGGCUCAGAUGCAGGCAUGUGACCUCAUGUGCAGGCAGCAAAGCAGUAACCAGUAGGGUACAAGAAGAAGGGGUCGGUUCUUCUUCUUUUAGUGCAGUAAAGCAGCGAGGAAUCAGGAAU